CCCUGCCCCGCCCCGCCUCGCCCGGGCUCCAGGGAAAGGCCGCUGCGGGGACAUGUCGUGUCCCCCUCAGCGAAGGCAGCAAAGCGUGAGAGGCGGUGGAACUGCCAGGCUGGAGGAAGGAGGCAGAAAUUAGGACCCCGAAUUCUGAAGCCUUGAAACUGGGCGACAGAAGGCCUGGGUCCGGGGAAGAAGGGACCGGACGAGGUGGCUGAGAGGGCGAAAUGUCAUCAGUGGAAUCACACCAGGAGCAUUUGUCUCAGUCAGAUCCUUCCCCAUCACCAAACUCAUGUAGUUCCUUUGAGCUAAUAGACAUGGAUGCUGGCAGUUUGUAUGAACCAGUUUCUCCACAUUGGUUUUAUUGUAAAAUAAUAGAUUCCAAGGAGACAUGGAUUCCUUUCAACUCUGAAGAUUCACAACAACUGGAAGAAGCAUAUGGCUCUGGAAAAGAUUGUAAUGGGAGAGUUGUCCCCACUGAUGGGGGCAGAUAUGAUGUUCAUUUGGGGGAGAGGAUGAGAUAUGCUGUGUACUGGGAUGAACUUGCAUCAGAAGUGAGACGAUGUACUUGGUUUUACAAGGGAGACAAAGACAAUAAAUAUGUUCCCUACUCAGAAAGCUUCAGCCAAGUUUUAGAGGAAACAUACAGGCUUGCUGUAACUCUGGAUGAAUGGAAAAAGAAACUGGAAUCUCCAAACAGAGAAAUUAUUAUAUUACACAAUCCAAAGCUCAUGGUACAUUACCAGCCAAUUGCAGGGUCUGAUGAGUGGGGUUCAACACCCACUGAACAGGGUCGACCAAGAACAGUGAAAAGAGGAGUUGAAAACAUCUCUGUUGACAUUCAUUGUGGGGAACCUUUACAAAUAGAUCACUUGGUUUUUGUAGUCCAUGGGAUUGGACCAGCUUGUGAUCUCCGCUUUCGAAGCAUUGUACAGUGUGUUAAUGAUUUUCGCAGUGUUUCCUUGAACUUACUACAGACACAUUUUAAAAAAGCUCAGGAAAAUCAACAGAUUGGAAGGGUAGAGUUUCUUCCAGUCAACUGGCACAGUCCAUUACAUUCUACUGGUGUGGAUGUAGAUCUACAGCGAAUAACCCUGCCCAGCAUUAACCGCCUCAGGCAUUUCACCAAUGACACAAUUCUGGAUGUCUUCUUCUACAAUAGCCCCACCUACUGUCAGACUAUUGUGGACACAGUGGCUUCUGAAAUGAACCGAAUAUACACACUUUUUCUGCAGAGGAACCCUGAUUUCAAAGGGGGCGUGUCCAUUGCUGGUCAUAGUUUAGGUUCGCUUAUAUUGUUUGAUAUCCUAACAAAUCAGAAAGAUUCUUUGGGGGAUAUUGACAGUGAAAAGGGUUCGGUAAAUAUUGCUGUGGAUCAAGGAGAUGCACCAACACUAGAAGAAGAUUUGAAGAAACUUCAACUCUCUGAAUUCUUUAAUGUCUUUGAAAAGGAGAAAGUAGAUAAGGAAGCUCUGGCUUUAUGUACAGACAAAGAUCUUCAGGAAAUGGGAAUUCCCUUAGGACCAAGAAAGAAGAUACUAAACUAUUUCAGGACCAGAAAAAAUUCAGUGGGUAUUAAUAGACAAACCACACAGUCAGCUUCAGCAGUGAAUAUCUCCAAAGAAUCUGAAUUCUGCAGUAGUAUUGAUGAUACUAGAAAUGAUGAAUAUCUAGAUGUUGGCAUUGGGCAGGUGUCCGUAAAAUAUCCCCGGCUCAUCUAUAAACCAGAAAUAUUCUUUGCCUUUGGAUCUCCCAUUGGAAUGUUCCUUACUGUUCGAGGACUAAAAAGAAUUGAUCCCAAUUAUAAAUUUCCAACAUGCAAAGGUUUCUUCAAUAUUUACCAUCCUUUUGAUCCUGUGGCUUAUAGGAUUGAACCAAUGGUGGUCCCAGGAAUGGAAUUUGAACCAAUGCUGAUCCCACAUCAUAAAGGCAGGAAACGGAUGCACUUAGAAUUGAGAGAGGGCUUGACCAGGAUGAGUAUGGACCUUAAGAACAACUUGCUAGGUUCACUGCGGAUGGCUUGGAAAUCUUUCACCAGAGCUCCAUAUCCUGCCUUACAAGCUUCAGAAACUGCAGAAGAAACUGAAGCAGAACCUGAAUCAAGUUUGGAGAAGUCCAGUGAUGUUAAUGCGGAUGAGACCUCUGCAGCAGUUAAAGAAGUCCCUCCCAUCAAUGUAGGAAAGCUGAAUGGAGGCCAACGCAUUGACUAUGUGCUACAGGAGAAACCUAUUGAAAGUUUUAAUGAAUACUUAUUUGCUUUACAAAGCCAUCUGUGCUACUGGGAAUCUGAAGAUACAGUAUUGCUGGUCCUUAAAGAGAUCUACCAAACCCAGGGUAUCUUCCUUGAUCAGCCCUUACAGUAAAAAUGACCUAUCUGACUGCUUAAUACGGACAUUGAGGGAUCCUUCCCUAGAAAACUCACCUGUUUGUUGCUGCAAUUUUCUUCUCAGCUGCAUCAUUUCCUGCAUGUUGCCUGCCACUUACCACUGGGGUCUUUGGAAGAUAAUCUUCCUUUUUGGAAGUGAGUGGAAAAGCAAAGGGAAGACCCUGUUACUUUUUAUGUGGGCUACAUAUAAAUACUUGCCAUUCUUUCUUUAUGGCUGGAGGUUGUUUGCAUCAGUUACUUCUUUGAUGAUAGCUUAUAGGUGCCACACUUGAUUCCUUAUUACGAGAUGGUCUAUGGUCUGUGUGGGGUUUGCUAGAUAUUUUUCUGGGGAAUUAUUGCUGUCUUUAGAAAAUGUUCCAGUGUAGAAGAAGAUUCUUGAGAUAUAGAGGGCAUUUUGGAGAUUCUACAUCUCUUGGUGUUCUCGGCACCUGAAGUCUAAUUCUAAUUCUAAGUGGAUAUGGUGAUGGGUAAUUUUUUUUUUUUUCCACCAGCAUUUCCUUCCUGUGUGAACUGUAUGAACGAAGAUUGGAAUGUUGUUUAAUAAGAGUAUUGUUUACUCUCUUAACAACUGAAUAGAUGAACUUAUUGCUAGGAAUCUA